AUGACAGUGGCUUCAAAGGCCAAGGGGGGUGCACUGCCCAGCGUGAAAACAGGCAGGCCCAGCGGCGGGGACGGCGCGGAGGGCGGCGCCAGCAAAGAGCCGGCCGCCAGCAAGACGCCGCGCUCGGCGCGCCGCAGCGUGCCUGGGCCCUUUGAGAACGGCGGCAGCGCGGUGAAGCUGGAGGGGGAGGAGGUGGCGGGGCCUGAGGAGCUUCUGUCAGAUGAGGAGAUGGCCUGGCGGCUGCACCAGGAGCUCAACGCUCGGGCGCCAGUGCUGCGCACGCGGUCGCGCAAGCAGCUGGACCCAUCCCAGCCCGCAGGCGCCGCCGCCGGCAGCGGCGACGACGAGCCGGCGGGCGGCAGGGACCCGGCUGGCGGCAAGGCGCGGCGCGGCGGCGUCGAGCCGUCGCCAGCCAGCAGCAGCGGGCAGCAGACGGGGCAGGAGGAGCAGCAGCAGGCGGCUGCCGCCGCGCCGCAGCCAAAGCGCGGUGCCAAGCAGCAGCGCGGCGGUGCCAAGGCCGGCAGGGAGGCGGCAAAGGAGGAGGCAGGCCCGCAGCCUGCCUCUGAUGCGGCAGCAGCGCAGGCGGUAGCGGCUGCGGCUGUGGCUGCUGUCAUCAAGGCUGAGGGAGAGCAACAGCGGGCGCAGGGCGGCCAGCAGCCGCAUGCCCCGACCGCUCGCACGGCAGCAGCAGACGCCAAGCCCGCGGCAGGCGCCUCCCAGCAGGCGCCUGCCGCCGCUGGUGCUGGUGACAAGCCAGCCAAGGGCAAGCAGGCGGCCGCAGCUGCCGGCGGCAGCAAGCCAGACAAAGCCGCAGGCAAGCCUGACAAGGCGGCCGCAGCUGCCGGCGCCAGCAAGCCCGACAAAGCCGCAGCGAAGCCCGCGGCAGCGGCUGCGGCGCCCGGCGGCAGCAAGCCCGACAAAGCCGCCGGCGAGCCUGCGGGUGGCGGCAAGGCUGCCAAGCCCCUCAAAAUCCCGCGCUUGCCGAUGGUGCGCCACGCGCGCAAGUGGUACCGCUGCCGCGUGCUGAAGGAUGCCGGCGACAGGGUGCUGAUGGAGUUCUCUGGCAUGGAGUCUGACAUUCCGUCUGCCUGGGUGCCGCGCGACUCGGACCGCAUCUGGCGCGGCUCCUACAAGGGCAAGGACUGGAAGUAUCUGGGGGAGGGAGCCUGGGCCCCCAAGGGCAAGGCCGCCGCCGCCGGUGCCGCCGCUGCCAGGCGGGUCGCCGCCGCGCGCGGCGCCGGCCUGCCUCGGGGCAGCAGCGCCAGCGUUUCUGCCAGCCAGGGGGAUGCCGACGACAGCUCUGCAGCUUCCAGCAAGGAUGAGAGCGGCGAGGGGCAGGAGGAGGAGGAGGAGGAGGAGAUGGAGGUGGAGGAAGCAGGAGACGAGACGGCGCAGUCCCAGCAGCGGCAGCAGCCUGCUGCAGCGGCGGCGGCGGCGGAGCCGGCCCCAGGCGCGUCCGCGGGACAGAAGCGCUCGGCGGCGGCGGCGGGCCUGGCCGCCUCGCCGGCCGCGGCGGGGGCGGCGGCGGCACCGGGCGGCGAGGACGCGCCUCCGGCCAAGAAGAAGCCGCGCAACCGCAAUGGGCGCAAGCGGCUGGACCCCAUUGUUCGAGAGGCGAUGCGUGCGGCGGAGCGAGCGCAAGCCGAGUCUGAGGGAGAGGAGGAGGAGGAGGCGGCGGCUUCCGACGCGGCGCCGCCGCCGGCGCAGCCGCCGGCAGGCCCCUCCUCUGACCCCGUGGCUGCCGCCACACCCGAGCGCGGCCUGGCAGCCGCCGUCUCCAAGCAGCAGGAGGGCCAGGCAGCAGCGGCAGGGGCCCAGCCCAGCAACACCCCCAUCCCAGAGACCCCUCUCACCAAGCUGGCCACGCGCCCCUCCACCACGCCUGGCAUGCAGCCGCUGAGCCCGCGCGCGGCGGCCGCGGCGCUGCUGGCCAGCCCGCUGCCUCCUGGCGAGGCGCAGCAGGCGGGCAGCCCGCGCGGCGGCGCCGCCGCCGCCAGGCGCGCCGCCGCCUCCGGGGUGGCAGCUGCCGCGCAGGUGCUGGAGCCCCCGCUGAGCCCGCGUGGCAGCAAGCGCGGCGGCGCCUUUGACCCUCCGGUCAGCCCGCGGGCGGGCCCCCAGCGGGGCCGCGCGGCGCCCCACCCCCGUCCUGCAUCUUCCGAGGACGAGGAGGAGGAGGAGGCGGCGGCGGCGGCGGCGGCGGCUGCUCAGCCGGCCAAGGCGGCGCGCGGCGGCGCGCGGCGGCGCCGCCGGCAGGCCGCCUCUGACGCCACCACCACCUCCGACUCCGAAGGGGAGGCUGGGGAGGAGGGCGACAGCUCCGGUGCCGCCUCCGACUCUGCAGGCGGCGCGAUGCGGCAGCGGCCGCGGCCGCGGCGGGCGGCCCGCAAGGCGGCCCUGUUCAGCCACGAAGACUAUGCCUUUGAUGACGAGGCGCCAGGCGGGCACCUGGCGCUGCCCAUGGCGCCAGCUGGCGCCGCCUUUGUGGCGACCUCCGUCGAGGCGCUGGCGGCCUUUGCCCAGCCGGCGCUGGCGCCGGCGGCACCAGGCGCCGCGGCCGCCGCGGCCGGGCCGCCCGCGCCCGUGCGCCGGCGGCGCAAGCCAGGCGCGGUCAAGGCCGCUCCCACAGACGUGGCGCGGCCCGCGUCGGAGCCGGUACCGGCAGCUGCCGCGCAGCUUCCCACCGACCCCAACGCCUACCUGGCGUUCCUGGAGCAGCUGCCCGCCUCGCCGCGGGCAGCGGCCAUGGCGGCGGCGCCCGCCGCGGCGUCGCCCGCCGCCGCCAACCACGACAGCGAGGAGGCUGAUGAGGAUUAUGUGCCCCCUGCCUCAGCCAGGGACAGGGACCACCACGCCGCCGCCAAGGACCACGGGCACAGCCACCGGCACGGCGGCCAGCAGCAGCACGGCGGCCGCGGCGGCGGCGGCGGCAGCGGCGCCAACGGGCGGCGGCGCGGCAUGCUGGGCGCGCUGGGCGUGGCCGGCGGCCGCGUGCACAAGCACGAGCAGGCAGCUGCGCCUGCCCACCUCCGCAUGCACUUCCGUCACCACGAGGAGGAGGAGGAGGAGGAAGAGGAUGGGCUGGGCGAGCUCCCGCGGGUGCUUGCCCGCGGCGGCGGCGGCGGCGGCGGCGGCGGCCACCAUAUCAGCCGCAGCCAGUCUGCGGCGGCCGACCUGCAGCACCCCCCCGGCUACCACAGCAGCAGCGGCGGCGGCGGCGGCGGGCGCAGGCACUCGCCCGGCGGCGCCGCCGGCGGUACAGCCGCCUACCACCGCAGCUUCAGCAGCCCCGCCAAGCCCACCGGCGCCAGCCUGGGCGGCCUGCUCACCGCCACCAAGCUGUUUGCCCCCAUCCUGGGCGCGCUGGGCGGGCCCGCCGGCGCGGCGCACCCAGCCACCGCCGCCUGCGCGGCAGCAGCCGCAGCCGCAGCUGCAGGGGGCGGCGGCGGCGCUGGGCUGCACGCCAGCCCCUCCACCCGCCACCUGUUUGGCGCCACCUGGAGCGGCGGCAGCACCUCCUCAACCUUCAACCCAGCCUGCCUCAACGGCCUCUCCAACGGCUCGGCGCGGCCCAGCCUGCUGGACCUCAAGGACGAGCUGUUUGCCGCCGCCAGCUUCAACAGCAGCGGCAGCCAGGCCCCCAGCCUGCUGCCCUCCGUCACCUCGGCGCCGGCCGCGCUGUGCGGCGGCGCGGGCCGCGCGCCCAUGCCGCUCUUCUGCUGA